GGAAAAAAAAUGGCAACUUCAUCUCUUCAGUAUCCAACCUUCUUCCUUUCUCUCUCAAAACUCUGUCAUAUUUCAAUCUUUCAUUGGAUCGUUUCCUAAAUUUUCGUUCAAAAUCCCCUCAAAACCACUCUCUUCUGAUCAAUUUUUUUUUCUAUGUUCUUAAUUUCCCAUUUCUAUUUGUUAAAAAAUUAAUUCGAUUUCCAAACCCAAAAAAAAGUUAUUUCUUUUAUUUUUGUGAAUUUAAAAAGAAAAAAUUCUUUUCGUUUUACGCCAGUUAAUACCUUUUCGAAAAUUUUAAUUUGUACAAUUCUUUUAGAAUAUAAAAGUUUUGAGUUUUCAGAGAAACAACAGAGAAUCAAAAUCAAAGCCGGGUCUUUUUGUCUUGUUUAGUUUCAGACUUUGUUUUAUCUUGUUUUGUUUGUCCCUUGUUUUUCAUAAAGAAGAUUGCUUUUAUUUGCUUCAAAUGGAGAUAUUUGUACCCUGAAAAUUUAUUCAAUUAAAAGUCUGUUUCUUUCUUUCUGGGUUUUCAUCCAUUCUUCAUAAUUUCUCAUUUUUCCCCAAAAACCCAGCUAUUUAAAAGAAAGUAAUAAGGAACAACCUUUGGGGUUAGUAAAAAGGAGAAGUUGGUGUAUUGUUUUGAUUUUCGGGUUUGUUUAAUUAGGUGUUGGGGAUUAUGAGGAACAGUGGAGAUGGACAAGGGCAGUCUAGAACACAAAGCGGAGGUGUCGUUUCCAGGUCUGCUCGGAGUUCGUUCCGUGCCAUUUCCAGCUACUUAAGGAUCGUUUCUUCCGGUGCUUCCACCGUCGCACGGUCGGCGGUUUCUGUGGCAUCCUCGAUUGUGGAUAGGGAAGAUGAUUCUGGCUAUGAUCAGGUUCAUUGGGCUGGCUUUGACAAGUUAGAAGGAGAGGGAGAUGUCAUUCGACAAGUUCUUCUUCUUGGUUAUCUGUCUGGUUUCCAGGUUUGGGAUGUUGAAGAAGCAGAUAAUGUCCGUGACCUGGUUUCCAAAUGUGAUGGCCCUGUUUCAUUUAUGCAAAUGCUACCAAAACCGGCUCCAGCAAUGAGACCGGAUGACAAGUUUGCAGACAGCCGUCCCCUUUUGGUAGUUUCUGCUGAUGGGUCGCUCUCCAGGGAUGCUCACAUACAAGAUGGUGCUUAUAAUGGAAGCAUACCAAACAACCAUGAUUCUGGGAAUGGUAGUGUUGUGCCUACCAUUGUCCGGUUUUAUUCCUUGAGAUCUCAAUCUUAUGUACAUUUGCUAAAGUUUAGAUCAGCUGUUUAUUCUGUAAGGUGCAGUUCUCGAAUUGUUGCUGUAGGUCAAGCAGCUCAGAUACAUUGUUUUGGUGCCGCAAAAUUAGAGAGGGAAUAUACCAUUCUUACAAAUCCUAUAGUCUCAGGCUUCCCUGGUUCUGGAGGUAUAGGCUAUGGACCUCUGGCUGUUGGUCCUAGGUGGCUGGCUUACAGUGGAAGUCCAGUUCCAGGUUCGGAUUGUGGACGUGUCAGUCCACAACAUCUUACACCUUCCGCAAGUUUUCCUGGUUUUUCUUCAAAUGGGAGCCUUGUUGCACACUAUGCAAAAGAAUCAAGCAAGCAACUUGCUUCUGGCAUUGUAACCUUAGGAGACAUGGGAUAUAAGAAACUGUCAAGAUACCUGCCUGAUUCAUACAAUUAUCUACAAUCUGGAGGUCCUGGCUGGAAAGGCAAUGGAGCUGUUAAUGGUCAUUUAGUGGAUGUUGAUAAUGUUGGAAUGGUAAUUGUUAGAGAUAUUGCCAGUAAAGUUGUAAUCGCUCAGUUUAGGGCACACAAGCAUCCUAUUUCAGCAUUAUGCUUUGAUCCCAGUGGGACCCUUCUUGUGACAGCUUCAGUUCAGGGUCACAGUAUCAAUGUGUUCAAGAUUAUGCCUGGGCUUCAAGGAAGCUCUUCUGCAUGUAAUGCACCAGCAUCUUACGCACAUCUAUACCGGCUGCAGCGUGGUAUUACAAAUGCUGUAAUACAGGAUAUUAGUUUCAGUGAUGAUAGCAACUGGAUUAUGAUUAGUUCUUCGAGAGGGACAAGCCAUCUCUUUGCUAUCAAUCCAAUGGGAGGAUCUGUAAGUUCCCAGUCUGGCGAUGCUGAUUUUGCCCAUAAGAAUAGCAGUUUGGGUGUUAUGACUAAGCCACAAGUUCCAUGGCUGCCUAAUUUAGGAGUACAAACACCUACUCAAACAAGUCUUUGUGCAUCUGGACCCCCUGUGACACUUUCUGUUGUUAGCAGAAUAAAGAAUGGGAACAAUGGCUGGAGAGGCACUGUAAGUGGUGCUGCAGCAGCUGCAACUGGCAGGACGAGUCCCCUUUCAGGGGCCAUUGCUUCCUCUUUUCAUAACUGCAAGAGCAAUAAAUUUUUGUUUUCUGAAAGCAGCUCUUCAAAGGCAAAAUACCACCUUCUGGUUUUCUCUCCUUCUGGAUGUUUGAUACAGUAUGCUUUACGGCUAGCAGCUGAACAUGAUUCAACAGCUGUUGUUACUGGAUUAAACACAACACAUGAGUCAACUGCAGAUUCUGAUGGAAGGUUGGUAGUCGAUGCAAUUCAGAAAUGGAAUAUAUGUCAGAAACACACGCGAAGGGAGCGAGAAGAUAAUGUAGACAUAUAUGGUGAGAACGGGACUACAGAUAACGGUAAAGUAUAUCCUGAAGAAGUGAAAGAGGGAAGUACAUACCUUGACCCCUCCUAUACUGUAAAGAAAGCAAAUGCAAACGCCGAGGAAAAACAUAAUUUGUAUAUUUCAGAAGCUGAACUGCAGAUGCAUGAAGCUCGGAUGCCACUGUGGGCAAAACCAGAGAUAUACUUUCAGUCAAUGGUGAUGGAUGGCAUCAAAAUGGCUGAAGGAAAUGCUUUUGGUGGGGAAAUAGAAAUUGAAAACUUCUCAGCCCAAACGAUUGAAGCACGGUCUAAAAACUUGGUUCCGGUUUUUGACUAUGUUCAAACUCCUAAGUUCCAGCAGACAAGUAUUCCAACUGUAUAUAGCAAUAACAAUGGAUGCCUGUUGCAUCAGAGGUCUGAGCUGCCUGAAGAUGGCCGGCUUUCAUGUAGAAGCACCUCUGGUUCUCUUGACUUCAUGACUGAAAAUGGUGCUGCGGUUGCUGAACUUCACACUGGCAUCAAAGAAACUGGUUUGAAUGGUACUAAUAUGCCUCUAUAGGAGCCAGGGGCUUUGUAAAUAACAGUUGUAGCCUUGACACCGAAACACAGCUUGAGAUUGUAAUAUAGAGAGAGCUUAAGAAUGGAAGCUCAAAUCAAGUUUGUAAAUAGUAUCAGUGAACUGAAGGCCCCAAAAUGGACAAUCAUUUUGGAGAUGAAGGCAAUGAACUUGUUUAAAGGUAUGCAUAUAUCCUUUUGAUUCUACACAGAGGCUGGUAAUUACUCUGGGUUGUAAAGAGAACAAGGGGUAAAGCUGAAUUGUGGAUACUAUGUUGUUAGGUUUCUUAUAUGUUAAAUUUGUAAAUAACAGAAUGAAAUCCCCAAUAUUUAGUGGUGAUAUGUAAUGUAAGUGAUAGCAUUACUUUAUAGCCCCAAACCCAUUUCUGUUCUAUUAAUUUAAAAUGUUUAUUUGUUACCAUUCGGAGUUGUAUUUAUAUGAAGAACGAGAUUAUAGCAACAUCAUAAAUACAAGUUUCUUUCACUUUGUUUCCC